GCCACCCCAGGGUGCCGGCGCGGACCAUGAUGGACCUGAAGGUGGACGAGGAGGAGGAGGACAGCGGGCAGCCGGUGAGCAUCCAGGCCUUCGCCAGCAGCUCCACCCUCCACGGGCUCUCGCACAUCUUCUCGUACGAGCGGCUGUCGCUGAAGCGCGUGGUCUGGGCUCUGUGCUUCCUGGGCUCGCUGGCGCUGCUCACCCUCGUCUGCACCAACCGCAUCCAGUACUACUUCCUCUACCCCCACGUCACCAAGCUGGACGAGGUGGCGGCCACCAGGCUCACCUUCCCCGCCGUCACCUUCUGCAACCUCAACGAGUUUCGUUUCAGCCGGGUGACCAAGAACGACCUGUACCACGCCGGCGAGCUCCUCGCCCUGCUCAAUAACAGAUAUGAGAUCCCAGACACCCAGACCGCCGACGAAAAGCAGCUGGAAAUCCUGCAGGACAAGGCGAACUUCCGAAACUUCAAGCCCAAACCUUUUAACAUGCUGGAGUUUUAUGACCGGGCUGGCCACGACAUCCGGGAGAUGCUGCUGUCCUGCUUCUUCCGUGGGGAGCAAUGCACCCCCGAAGACUUCAAAGUGGUCUACACGCGCUAUGGUAAGUGCUAUACCUUCAAUGGGGACCGGAGGAACCCGCGCGUGAACCGCCAAGGCGGCAUGGGCCACGAGAUCAUGCGGGACAUCCAGCAGGAAGAGUACCUGCCCAUCUGGAGAGAGACCAAUGAGACGUCAUUCGAAGCUGGCAUCCGGGUCCAGAUCCACAGCCAGGACGAGCCGCCCUACAUCCAUCAGCUGGGCUUUGGCGUCUCGCCCGGCUUCCAGACCUUCGUGUCCUGCCAGGAGCAGCGGCUCAUCUACCUGCCGCCUCCCUGGGGCGACUGCAAGGCCGUGGCGGGCGACUCGGAGUUUUACGACACCUACAGCAUCACUGCCUGCCGCAUCGACUGUGAGACCCGCUACCUGGUGGAGAACUGCAACUGCCGCAUGGUGCACAUGCCGGGCGAUGCACCUUACUGCACCCCAGAGCAGUACAAGGAGUGCGCGGAUCCAGCCUUAGAUUUCCUGGUGGAGAAGGACAACGAGUACUGCGUCUGCGAGAUGCCCUGCAACGUGACCCGCUACGGCAAAGAGCUCUCCAUGGUGAAGAUCCCCAGCAAGGCCUCCGCCAAGUACCUGGCCAAGAAGUACAACAAGUCGGAGCAGUACAUUGGGGAGAACAUCCUGGUGCUGGAUAUCUUCUUUGAAGCCCUGAACUACGAGACAAUCGAGCAGAAGAAGGCAUACGAGGUGGCCGGCUUGCUGGGGGACAUCGGGGGACAAAUGGGCCUGUUCAUCGGUGCCAGCAUCCUCACCAUCCUGGAGAUCCUGGACUAUGUCUACGAGGUGCGCUGA